AUGGACAGUCGUCUGCAGAACCACAAGCACAGAAGUGGGGGCGAAAUACUGUCUAAGGACAUAGCAAAUCUGCUAGCCUCUAUCAUCUCUGCAAACAGUAUGAAUAUGGAACAAUCAGGAAAGAACUCUCAUUCUGAGAAGCCUCAAAAAUUCAAGGGAGAGGAUCUCAAAUGUUGGCAGCAGAAAAUGUUGUUUUAUUUAACAACAUUGAAUUUGGCUAAUGUUGUGACAAAGACUGUACCUAAGGCAGAGGGAGACAAUAUUCAUGCAGAGACUUUGAAUGCAAUUUCGGCUUGGCAACACAAUGAUUUCCUCUGUAGAAAUUACAUUCUCAAUGCCUUGGAUGAUUCACUGUAUGAUGUAUAUGCAGUCUUCACAACAGCCAAAGAACUGUAG